AUGCGAGAAAAGGAGGAGAUUGACGUUGAGGCCCCAGGCCAGCACUCCUACCAUGUUGAGUCCUCGUCCAGCUCCAGCGGCCAAGGCAGAGACGGCGACGUUGCCCGAGAAUGGGCCAACGAAAAGAAACAACCUGAUGAAGAGGCAGCCCUGAAGACAAAACUGCACAACCCCUUGGCCGUCUUCACACGCGAGCAGCUGCUCAAGGAUGUCGAGCGGUUUGCCAGGGAGAAAGACCUGGAGCAUAUCCUGCCUGACCUCAGAAAGGGGGCUCUUGUCGCCCAGGACCCGAGGAUCUUCGAAGACCUGCCCGAGUUGACGGAGGAAGACAAAAACAUCCUCCGACGCGAGAAGACGCACCGGUGGCAUCAGCCGUUUAUGAUGUACUUCAUGACUAUCCUCUGCGCCGGAAGUGCCAUUGUGCAAGGAAUGGAUCAGACGGCCGUCAACGGAGCCCAGGAGUUCUACUUCCCCGAGUUCGGCGUCACCAACAGAUGGCUGCAAGGCCUUAUCAACGGCGCCCCCUACCUCUGCUCGUGCCUGGUCGGGUGCUGGACAACCGCCCCCCUGAACCGGUACUUCGGCCGUCGAGGCUGCAUCUUCAUCUCGUGCUUUAUCUCCUUCGCCGCCACGUUCUGGAUGUGCGCUGCUCACACGUGGUGGAACUUACUGCUCGGCCGUUUCUUCCUGGGCCUCGCUGUCGGUGCAAAGUCCACUACAACCCCGGUCUACGCCGCCGAGUGCGCUCCAACCGCUAUCCGUGGUGCUCUCGCCAUGCAGUGGCAGACCUGGACCGCGUUUGGGAUUAUGUUGGGCUACAUCUCAUCCGUGGCCUUCAUGAACGUCAGCAGCGACAGCCUGCAGGGUCUGAACUGGCGCUUGAUGUUCGGCGUCACCGCCAUCCCACCGAUGAUCGUCUGCGCACAGGUCUACUUCUGCCCGGAGUCCCCGCGCUGGUACAUGAUCCGGAACCGCUACCACUCCGCCUACGACGCCCUGGUCAAGCUACGUCCUUCCAAGCUCCAGGCCGCCCGCGACCUCUACUACAUCCACGCCGCCCUGCAAGUCGAAGAGAAGCUCCGCGCGGGCAAGCACCUCUGGCUGGAAAUGUUCACAAUCCCUCGGAAUCGACGGGCCGCGCAGUCUUCCUUCUUCGUCAUGUUCAUGCAGCAGUUCUGCGGCGUCAACGCAAUCAUGUACUACUCCUCGUCGAUGUUCACCGACGCCGGCUUCAGCCGCGAGAACGCCCUGCUCGUCAGCCUAGGCUGCGGCAUCACAAACUGGAUCUUCGCCGUGCCGGCAAUCUACACAAUCGACACCUUCGGCCGCCGCAACCUCCUCCUCACCACGUUCCCCUUCAUGGCCAUCUUCCUCUUCUGGUCGGGCUUCUCGUUCUACAUUGACGACGAGCAGACGAGGACCGGUAUGGUUGCGGCCGGUAUAUACCUCUACAUGAUCGUGUACUCGCCCGGCGAGGGCCCGGUGCCGUUUACGUACUCGGCUGAGGCAUUCCCCCUGUACAUCCGCGACGUCGGCAUGUCCUUCGCAACCGCGACAACGUGGGGCUUCAACUUCAUCGUCUCGCUGACGUGGCUGCCACUGCGCGACGCAUUCACGCCAACGGGUGCGUUCGGGUGGUAUGCGGCGUGGAACGUGUUUGGCUGGGUGACGGCGUACUUUUGUCUUCCCGAGACGAAGGCCCUGAGUUUGGAGGAGCUGGACCAGGUGUUCUCGGUCUCCACGAGGCAGCAUGCAAGGCACUAUGCGGAGAUGUUGCCGUGGUAUGCGAAGAAGUGGGUUCUGAGACGGGAUGUUGAGCCGCAGAGGCAGCUUUAUGAGUAUCAUUAG